UAUUUAUCAUUUUUUUAACAGCGUUCUUUUAACGUGUUUUUUGAGGAUGUGUCGAUGAUCUCGUUUAAUGUUUUUGUCCGAAAUUUAAGUGUAAUAAAUUAAUUAGAAGCAUUGGUUGAUAAAUGUCCGGUAGUGAUGAAACUGGUGAAGAAGCGGUAGAAAACAGUGAUGUCAGCUCCGGAAAAGAAGAUGAACAAGAAGUGGAAACUGCAGCGGCAAGCAGUUUGGAAGAAGAAAUUUCUCGAAAUUUCAAAUACUCAACAUUAUGCAAAUACUUAGACCGUAUACAGCAAAUUCAUUUCAAAAAUAAGUUCGGCAAGGAACGAGUACUGAAAGCAUUAGUGACAAAAUGGACGGCAGAUGCUUCUAAAUUUACAAAUGGAGCUGUUAGUUUUUACCCGGUCCUACGUAUUAUGGCCAAUUCAUUGGAUCGACGGAAAUUUCGCAUGAGAUCGAAAAGAAUUAUAUCGAAAGUAUGCCAAGUAUUGUGUCUUCCCCCAAAGACGAAAAAGGAAUUGUUACAGAUAGAUUCCAAGAGUGCAGACCAGUCGAUUUUGAAACUGGCAGAAGAAAUUUCGAUGCGAAAUCCAGCUGUUACUAAACGUGAGCUGUCUCUUUUUGAUGUAAACGAUUCGCUGUGCAAAAUAACAGAACAAGAAAUAAGUAGCGCAGAACUAGAGAAACUUUUAAAAGCCUGCGCAACAAUACGCGAAGUCUAUUGGCUUUUGCAAGUAUUGGUUCGUAAAAUUGAACGCUCCUUAAAGGUAACAUCCGCAAAUUUAGUAAGCUGGAUACAUCCCAAUGGAGCUGCAUUAUAUCAGUCUGGCGUCAGCUUGCGGAAAAUAUGUGAUCUUAUUGUAGAAGGUAAAAUGACAGACAACUCGAGCAUGCUUUUCCGCCGUUUUGAACCAAUGUUAUUAUCAAGAAUCAGACAUGGCAGUGGAGAUGUUUACGACAAGUUGGUUCGUUUUUGUGGCCAAGAAUUUUAUGUGGAAUUGAAAUAUGACGGUGAACACUUCUUGCUGCAUAGAGGGCCGAGUUGCGAAAUGCGUUAUUACUCACGGGUUCAAAAUGACUUUACUAAUUCCAUAGCACCGGUGCUGGAUCAUAGGAUCAAUCCAUAUUUUGCGCCUUCGCUUGAAAGCUGCAUACUGGAUACUGAAUUAUUGCUUUGGGAUACUAUUGACGAAGUAUUCGUCGGCCAUAAUGCACAAGCAUCAGAUGGUCGUAUUUAUGAUGUGAAAGCUCUGAGAACAGAUGGUGCAGUAGAGCCAAGUGUUGCAGUAUUUGAUAUUUUAUUUUUGAACGGAAAAUCACUAAUGGAUAUUCCGCUGAGCGAAAGAAUUGCUCUUCUUCAAAGUGGGAAUGUUUUGGAAAAGCAGGAUAAGACAAAAAUAUUUGUGUCAAACUUCACUAUUGUCAAAACGAGAGAAGAAUUUGCUUCACUAUACCAGGAAGCUGUAAUAAGUGGUCAAGAAGGCGUUGUGGCGAAGAAAAUGGAUUCGGUGUAUAAAACGGGUAUGCGCCAGAUGGCAAAUGGUUGGUUUAAGAUAAAACCAUUCCAUCUGGGUAAUGAAACAUUGGAUCUUGCAAUUGUUGGUGUCGAUCUUGGCAGGAAUGAUAAAAUCAGUAAUUAUUGUUUGGCUACGCUUAGAGAUAAUAAAUUCUUUAUCGUCGGCAAAGUAGGAACAGGAUUGGACGACACGACACGUACAUUUCUUAAAAAUCGUUUGACGCGAGAUCACGGAUUCUUCAAAAGUGACAGGAUCCCAAGCUGGAUUCAUCAAGAUUACAUAUCAAGCGAUUUACCAAGUCAUUUCGUAAAUCAGAAUAACAUGCAAGUUGUUGAGAUUCGAGCUAAAGGAUUAAGAAAUGACCGACUGUAUGCUCCGACUCUAAAGACUUAUCGAGAUGACAAAUAUGUAAAAGACAUCGAUCAGUACCAAGCAUUUUUAGACUUUGAUAAGAACUUACGUCUAGAUAGUAUAAAAAAUGCGCAAAGCGUAACAAAUCUAAAAAAACGAACGACAGUUGUACAUGUACUUGAGGAAUAUCAAACUAAGAAAGCACGCAUCGAAGAAAUAAAUCAAGAUCUGAAAGGAAAACAAAUUUGUAUCUUAAGAGGUACCUCUGAUGUAAACACGCAGGAACUGCAAGAGAUCGUUAUUUCGUUUGGUGGAAUUCACGUUGCUAAUCCAGGUCCAAAAACACUUUUUGUUGUGACCGGUGAGCCCAAACAUGUGAAGUCAAAAUCGAUUAUUAAAAGUAAUAAAUAUAAUGUGGUCAGCGCAGACUGGCUUAUAGCAUGCAAAAAUGUGAGCAAAAUCUUACCUGUAACGAGAAAAGAAGCUAUUCAUGUUGUUGACGAUAGUCUUUAUACGUUAUUUGGAAAUGAUGGAACAUUGGAAAAUUCCACUGUGCCGACGAGCUCUACUGCAUAUACAAUUGCAAGUGUCAGUGUUUUGCUGGACAGCAUAAAAGUACCUAAGCGGAAGAAACCAUUAGCUGCUGAGGAAACACUGAGAAAGCAGUUAUUUAUGGAUGAAAAGUUUAAUCGGUUUUGUGGCCAAACGUUUUAUUUACAUGACGACUUGACGAAAAUCCAAAAAAUGUACGCUCAAAUCUUACUGCAAAUGCACGGUGCUGAUUUGAGUACAAAGCAAAGCAGCGCUGUUACUCAUAUUGUAGUUCCUGACAGGAAAAUAGCGUAUGAUAACCUGCUGAAGAAAACGACCGUUGUUGAUAUCUGUUGGUUGGAAAACACGCUUGAUAUGCUGUAAUGCCUUAUAUUUUAGAAAUCCAUCCUUUAUUGGUUUCAGCUUUUAUUUGCUGAAGGGUUUCGUAUUUCGGUCUUUCAAUAUUUUUUUCCACUUUCUGUAAAUUAUUUUUUUUUUUAACUUGUGAUGUAUUUGCAUUAGUAACUGUAACUUUUAGUCAGGUUAGAACGAGCUGUUUCUGGAUUUAGAAAAAAUCAUCUCUAGAAAGGAUUGCAGAAUUAAUGUUGUAGGGAAAUUAUGUCGCCGAUCUGUCAGCAGCAAUUUUCAUAACUAUUUUUCCCCUUACAAUAAGGGAAAAAAGUUUUAGAUAUAUGCAAGUAUGUGCAAGUUGCACUGCAUAUACCGAACUUCCCAGUAUUUCCAGGACAUCAAUUUUUGAACUUUAUUAAAUAAUCAGUUGUGCAGAAUAAAAUUGAG